AUGUCUAGCUUUGGACCUCUUCCAGGUUCCUCAAACGCAAGCAUGACGGAUACGGACGUGGAGCAACAACAAGCGUCAUCGUCGCCGAAUCUUGGCCAGACAGCCAUUGAACUACGGGUUGAUCCUCAGGCGGUCAAGAACCAGUCAAAUGACGCCAAUGAGUCUGGAAGCAACCCCAACACUGUCGACUGGGAUGGUCCAGAUGACCCUCAAAAUCCAUUGAACUGGCCCGACGUGAGGAAAUGGCUCAAUAUUGGCCUGAUAUCGGGCCUUACUUUUGUAACUCCACUGGGCUCUUCUAUGUUCGCUCCAGGAGUUCCAGCUAUCAUGGUCGAGUUUGGCGAAUCAUCGUCAACAAUGGCCACGUUUGCCGUGUCUAUAUACGUCCUUGGCUUCGCAUUCGGGCCGCUUCUUGUAGCACCUCUGAGCGAAACCUUUGGCCGCGCACCGGUUUAUAAUUGGGGCAAUGUUCUCUUCGUGAUCUUCUCAGUCGCGACGGCUCUGUCCCAGAAUAUGGGCAUGAUGCUGAUUUUCCGCUUCCUCAUGGGACUCGCUGGUUCAGUUCCCGUGACUAUUGGAAGCGGAAGCAUUGCAGAUCUGAUGCCCGUUGAGCAAAGAGGAAGAGCCAUGGCCGCUUGGGCCCUGGGGCCUCUAUUAGGCCCCUGUGUUGGACCCGUUGCUGGCGGUUACCUGAUCCAAGCCACGAGCUGGCGUUGGGUAUACUGGGUGGUGGCCAUUGUGGCUGGCAUUUUUGUUCCAUUGUCCUUUCUCUACCUGAAAGAGACUUGCCAUCCUAUUCUUCUCGAGCGUAAAGCCGCCCGUCUCCGGAUGGAAACUAAUAACCAUAACCUCAGGGGCAAGCGAGAUAGCAUCGAAACACCCAAGGAGAUGUGGAUUGCUGCCCUAACGCGACCUCUAAAGCUUCUCUUCAUGACACCUAUUGUCACGCUGAUGGCUUUUUAUGUCGCGAUUGGCUAUGGUAUCCUCUACCUUCUGCUCGCAACCUUCUCUUUCGUGUACGCGGAUGAGUACGGUUUUGAUGAAGGUGAGGUUGGCCUUACUUUCCUCCCAGCCGGCAUUGGCAUGAUGUUUGGUGUCGUGACCUUUGUGUCUCUGUCCGACUUCAUGAUCAAGCACUGGCAGGCAAAGGGGGGUGAGGUUACACCUGAAGUACGAUUGACGCCUGCUCUCGUCAUGCCUUGCGCUAUUGUUCUGCCUGUCGGACUCUUCAUCUAUGGUUGGUCUGCCGAGCAUCGUGUUCACUGGAUCGUACCUAUGCUUGGCGUCGUUGUUUUUAGCUGCGGCCUGAUGGGCGUCAUGAUCUGCGUCCAGAACUACCUUCUAGACACAUACCCCCGCUACGCGGCCUCUGUUACUGCAGCAGUGGCGGUUUUGCGAUCUCUUGCCGGUGCUUUGCUUCCUUUGGGGGGUUUACAGAUGUACGAUGCUCUCGGUCUUGGCUGGGGCAACAGUCUCCUGGCCUUCUUGUCGGUUGCCAUGAUCCCGCUGCCACUGGUGUUUUUCGUCUUCGGAAAUCGCCUGCGACAGCUCUCCAACCCAAAGCUGUAG